AGUUUGCAUUUGAAGCUGAACUGAAAGCUUUGUGAUUUGUAUUCAAAUGAAGUUAUAUUUGGCUCUGGUUUGUCUGGCGCUGGUGGGUUUUGUGGCCCACACCGAGGCGAGAAGAGAGACUCUUCCACAAUGUCCUGGACAACCCAUUGCCCACAGCUGCAAUAUACGUAGAGAUCUUGGUCAUGAUCGCUAUGAUUGGUGCAAGGAUUUCGCGAUGCCUGAGAUGUGGUAUUACAACAUAUUGCAUCGAUCCUGCAAUAAGAUGAUAUUUCUUGGCUGCGGUGGCAAUUUCAAUCGUUUUUGCACGGAAGAGGAGUGCGAGCGAACGUGUCUGACCUCAGACGAAGACAAAGAAUAACAAAUGUUAUUAAUUAUAUAUACACUAUAUAUAAUACAAUAUUAUGUAUUGUGGGUGGAAUACAAUAAUUCAAAUUAAGUGUAUUCUAUUGCGCCCUAAUAAAGACUAUAUACAAAGCUUA